UAGAUCUCUAUGGUCUAUUCUUUGGUACUUUGGUAGAAUUAUCAAUCAAUUAAUAAUAAAUAAAAUAUAAUAUUGUAAAUACUUUAUUAUUAAUAAAACAAAAUUUAUAAACAUGAUGCCAGUAUUAAAUACAAUUUUAGAUUCAGUUGUGGAUACAAUUGCUCCACCAACUCCAGCAUUUGAAAAUUUUAUUUAUCAUUGGGAAAAAUUUAUGAUUAAUUACUUGGAGUGGACAACAGAUGGACAAUUUUCUCAAACUCGGAUAGAAGAAACCAAUGUACCUGCCCAUCUAGAAAUUGUACAACAGAUAUUAUUAUGUGAAGACAAGAAUGAAGAAACUGCUACUAACUUGUGCAUGGAAUAUGUAUUGAAAAACGAUCUAUUUAAUAUGUUAGCAGUUAUAGCAGAAAAAGAAAAAUUAAUUGGUAUUAGGAUAUUAGUAUUAAAAUACAUGACAAAUCUCAUCAGUCAAUUAAAAAAUCCAGUAUUAGCACAUCAGUCUUUUUUUGUUACUAUUCAAAGGCUAAUUAAUUUAUGCGACAGUGGUUUGUAUAAUAAACAGCAACAAGAUCAGAUUCACUUUUUAUACAUGCUGUGUACACUGCUAAACAACCAACAAAAUAUUUCAAUUAUGUUUUUUUCAUAUGAAUCCAAUAUGUAUCAUUUAGAAGAAGCAAUGACAUUGACAGAAUUAAGUACAUUUAAUAGAUUAAAUUUAUUGGAUUGUGUAUUGACAUACAUCAACACUAAGAAUACAGAUGUAUAUUACAAAUGCUGUAACUGUAUAUUGUUGUUGACUAAACUAAAUGAUGAAAAUGUGAUAGACUUCAUAAUUAAUAAGACUAAACUUUGUUCAUCAUUAAGCGAACAUUUUAGAAAUCUGUUCUGUGCAUUACCUAUUUUAUUGGAUUACAAUGGACUAGAAACAAUUGAAUUAAAUUGGAGGGAUGAUUACAAUGCCACUUAUUCAAAUGAUGUCACUAAAUUUUUUUGUUGGUUAAAUUUUAUUGUUGAGAUAAUAAAAGAUGGCCAAUUAAAAAUAUCUUAUUCACUGUGUGAAUCAUUAAGAUUAUUGUUUUUUAAUAAAUUAUUUGAUACUUCAGACCAAAUAUUGUCUUCUCAUGUUUUUUUGUUAAAAAAAAUCUACAAAGCAGCAGAUCAUACACCUUUAAGUCAUACAAUAAAUUAUUGGUUACGGUCAGAACUUGAUAGUUCUUAUUACAAUAAGCAAACACCAAUAGACAUUUUAAUAAAAUUGUCUUCCACUACAGAUGAUAUUUUUGUUUUUAACGUUCUCAAUUUUUUUAUAGAUGUAUUACAUAAUUCAAAUAAAGAAAUUUUGGAUUUUAUAAUUUUACGAUUUGUCAAUAAUAGAAACUAUUAUGAAGGUUGUCGAUCAGGAUCAUGGAGUGACGAAGAAGAUGAAAGAGAAAAAAAAAUACUUUCAAAUGAAAAUAAUAUUAAUACUAGUCGAACUCUUGCACCUUCAAGUAUUGAUAGAAUAAUUAACCGGUUACUAGCAUUGAUUCCUCAAAACUUACAAUCAGACCAAUUACAUACAUUCAAAGAUCAUAUAACAGAUGUGAAGAAUAUGUACGAGGAUAUUUUUGAUAAAUGUACAAAAUUUGAUUGGCCUACAGAAGCAUUAAAUUCAGUUAAAUUAAAUGAUUUCAAUGAAGGACCGUUUUUAAGAAUGAUUUUUAAAAAAAUCAGCGACAUUCCAAAUCAAAAUUCUUCAACCACUUUGCAGUUAAAAAUUAUUUUAAUAUUUUUAAGUUCUUUACCUCACCCAUAUCUACAUGAAUACUUGCUAAAUUCGACAUUACCAUUAAAACAUAAUGUACCAUCAUUAUACAUGAUAUUGUAUCAUGUACUUAAAGAACUGCAUAAAAAGAUAUUAACAUUCCCAAAUUAUAAUGAAGAAUUGAUUCAAGCAAGAAAACGCGUUUUAAAUAAUUCUUCAAUCAAACUAUUAAAAGAAAAACAUUUUGAAGUAAUAAUUUUUAACAAUGCAGUAAUUUUAGAAGAAUUAUGUAAAGAAUUGGUAGCUGUACUAUUUGUGAAGUAUCAUCAUUCAAAUUUGGCUGAAUGAAAAUAAAAUAAUCUCUUUAAAUUUAUUAUACGGUAUAAUAAAUCUAUAAUUCAACAUAUACAUAGAAUAAACCCUAGUUUUUAUGGUACCCUUUGUUCUAAUUAUUUUUAUUAUUCUUUGAAUAUUAUUUAUUAAUUAAAAUG